GUGAAGGGAUGAGUGGAGGGUGAGCUUCGGACUCGGCCACAACAGCGACCGGCGAACCCCUUCCUUCCUUCCUUUCUUACGUCUGUGUGCGUGCGCGCGCGAGCGUUCCCGCCCCCCGAGUGUGCGAAUCGAAAGGCGCCAAGCCCGAAGCCUUCCUGCAUUGGCCCGCUGCCCUUCGCGCGGCGGCGCUCAAGAUCAGAGGAAGGAAUCAUACACAUUCUGUCCUACAUAAUUCCCGCGAGUGAAGACAUUCACGACGGAGAUGAGACCGAGAUGAUGACUCGGCCGAACAACCGGUUGUUUGUGUGUCCCUCAGGCCCCUGGACCACGCCGCCGCCGCCGCCACCGCCUGCAGCAGUAGCAGUCUGACACUCGAGUGGUCCAGCAGUUCUUGAAUGGCCGUCGAAUAACAAUUUGAGUCCUAUUUAGUGCUCUGUGAUAUUGAUCAGCCCUUAACCGAAGUGGAAAGGAUAACAGUGUUUUCCAAAAUGCUGCCCAGUGUCGGACAUGCUGGCGUUCUGGGCGGGGGUCUUCGCCCCCUGGCCCACUCGGCCCUGCCCGCCCACAGCAUCUUGGGUUCCCUUCCGCCGCUGCCCCUGCCUUUUACGGCGACGUCAGUCGCCACCAGCAUGGGCGGCGUAGCGACGCCCUUCGUGGUGGAAUCUCUCCUGAGGGAGAGGGCGUCGCACCUCGCCCGCCCCGUGGCCACCAAGCCCCCGCCGCUGCUCCUGUCGGACGACCACCGAGGAGCGGGGGCGCCCGAGCACUUCUACUACAAGGAGGACGCCGCCGCCCACUACCUGGGCCUCCUGGCGCGCCCAGCCGGUCCGGACCGCCUGACGCCGCCCGCGCUGCAGUCUUCGCCACCUAGGUCGCGGGGCGGCGACGAGGGUGACCCCGGAGGAUGCGGGUGCGACGGCGACGCCUCCCACAGCCCCGGUCUGGAGACCCCAACUCACAAGCCCCACCUGAAGUUCUCCGUCACGGCCAUCCUCGGGCACGACGCCCCUCCCACCUCCCCUCCCAGACACGAACACUUAACGCCCGAUCAACAAGACACAGAUCCAGUAACGAGUAUAGGAGAGCGGCCGCCCGGGGGCCUCCCGCCCCUGGCCAGACCACGCCCAAUGAUACACUCCCCCCUACAGCCUCUCCUCACCUGUCGGCCUCCAUACCUGAGCAUAUACGGCAACGUGGGCGGUAUGGGAGGCGUUCCCCUCCCUAGCACGUUCCCGUGGGCGGCUAUGGGCGUCGGUGUGAGAGGCAAGCCUCGAAGAGGGAUGCUGAGACGGGCGGUCUUCAGCGACUUCCAGCGCAAGGGUCUGGAAGACAGAUUCCAGGUGCAGAAGUACAUCAGUAAACCGGACAGAAAGAAAUUGGCCGAGAAAUUGGGACUCAAGGACUCACAGGUCAAGAUCUGGUUCCAGAACAGAAGGAUGAAGUGGAGGAACUCGAAGGAGAGGGAACUGCUGGCCUCCGGCGGCUCUCGGGAGCAGACUCUCCCGACGAAGAACAACCCGAACCCGGACCUCUCCGACGUGGCCGAUGAGCGAAGAACAGCAGCAACCAACGGCAGCAAAGAGGACAACAACGCGUCGCAACAAGACGACUCCCACCUCCACGGGUCCAAGGACCACCUGGGGGUCUCCCACAAGGAGCAGCACUUCCAGGGGCGCGGCGGAGGCGGAGGUGACGACGUCGUUGGAGGAGGAGGAGGAGGAGGAGGAGGCUUCCCAGGGAGCGCCCCUCCCGCGGGCGGUCCUACUCAGCCACCGCCUCCCGUCCAACACGGGCGGGACUACGUGUCCUCCUUGGCGGCGUCCCUGCCAGGGAAGAUCCAGAUUAAGGACAUCACCUCCCUCUCCUCCUACGGGAAACCCACCGCCUACGCCUUCCCUUACGCCGAAGGGGAAGCGGACUAUUCCGACGAGGACAUCAACGUCACCGACGACUUAGUCGUGUCCAAUAACGAGGACAGUGACAAUGAUUAAUUGACUCAUCAUCCUGGAGAGUGAAAGAUGCGCAUCUUUCUUUCUCAGUCUUCGUGAUUUUUUUUUUUUUUCUCGCGUACCUACCUACUGUAUCAAUAAUACCUAAGAUUUUUUUUAUCAAUAUUUUAUUUUUGGUUUCGAUAUCGAAUCUCGAUUAUCUUAUAAAUGUACCUGCUUCAGCGUUUACCGUAAGGAAUGAUUGUCUAAACAACCACAUGCACUCACAAACGCCCACAAACACACAUACACAAACUAAUUCCCGAACAAAAGCUAUGGUGAAAUUCAUUGUUUCACCAUCGAAGCAAAAAUAAACAUAAUAAUAAUAAUAAUAAUAAAAGCGUUCCAACUUACCAACAGAACAAAAAACACCACAAACGAAAUAAACAACAAACAAAAACAAACAGAGAAAGGUCAGACCACGUAAAAAAAGCAUCCCAACAUGAUGUUUCACCUAAAAGAAAAAAAAAAAAAAAUAGCGCACACACACACACACCAACCAACCAACAUAACCAAGCACUGAAAUAAACAAAUAACAUAUAAACUACGUUCACCCAGCGUUAAAAAAAAAACAAUCAAAUCAAAUGACCGGGUGAUUAUAAUCAUAGGGUGAAGGCAUCCCACCUCCCCUUUUGACAUGAAUAACAAUUCAUUAAUUGCACAUGACGUGUCCUAAUAACUAACAUUAUCACCGCGAUAAACAUUGUGUGUGUAUGUUUGCCGCUGGGGAAGAAUGAAAUCAGUGGAAGGGGUCAUUUUUGUCCGUAGGGAAUCAUUGUCAGGGGGAAAUAUAUUUAUUGCGAGUGUAUAUUCCACGACGGGAAAACUAAUUCACAAGAAAGGAACAAAUAUAUAAAAAUGUAUACAAAUUUCAAAUUUCGCAGGAAAACUAAAUCACAAGAAGGGGUAAUUUUUGCCUGUAGGGAAUUACUGUCGUGGGAAAAUAUAUCUAUGCGUGUGCAUAUUUCGAGACGGGGAAAACUAAAUCACGAUAAAUCUAAAUAAGUAGAUUGGCUUAUUUUAUAUAUGACAGAAAAAUAUAAAAAAACACAUAAAAUUUCACACGAAAAUAAAAUCACAAGAGGGGAUUAUUUUUUGUCCUGUCUGGAAUAACUGUAGAGGAAAAUGAUGGGGGUGGGGGGGGGCCUUAUAUGUAUAUAUUUCACGACGAUACCGAUUCCACGUGAAAAUGAAGUCACUGGGUGGUAUUUAUCAAAUAAAUAGUUAAUGUAAUUAUUUCUAAUUUAUAUUUAGUGACAAUAAAUUAUAUUCAUCGUCAAUAAAUGUCAGACAACAACGAGAAAGAGUUAAAUGUACAGGAUUUCUUUUUACACCACAUGUAAAUAAAUGUCAAGAAUAUAUUCAUAUUUUAUGGGCGGGAAUAAAUAUUUUGUCAUUUAAUCCGGUCUGAAACCAGAAUGUUUAAAAACACUUUUUGUUGACAAGCAGAAUAAAGACAACACGAAGAUUUAGUGGAAAAUUCAUUUUAUCCCAAAAUAUUGAUGAAAAUGAAGUCAGAAAAAAUAACAGUCUUGAUCGCGGGAAGGAAUUUGCUCACCAAAAAUAAACAAGACUCGUGGCUUUUGUUUAUUUAUGAAUAAAACCUCUGAUGCUGACACUCAUUACGCAGUAAUGAAGAAAACGACAGUUUGGAAUUACAUAAUUACGUCUAUGAUGACAUGAUAAUAAUUAUAAAAUAUUCACGGACGCGUUUUGAAAUAUCUAAAAGUGUUUUGUGCGUUCACUUUCUCGUGUCUGAGCGAUCAAAAAACGGACAACAGAGUUUUCUGAAAACAUAAAUAAAUGUGCACAUUUGCUUAAUCGUGUUUGAAUACAACAGUGAAAAUGAAGACAGGAACAAAUAAAAAGAAACGAGUGAUGCAUUUGCUUGAACUUUCGCACAUGAGAAAACGAAUAGAAGAAGAAAUGAGAAAGUAGUAAUGUAUUCUUUACAAAGAAGGUGAUGUAUUGGACCAAAUGAACGCAAAACAUGGCGAUAUAUUCUGUCGAUGAAAUUGUGAUAUAUAAAUAUAUGUAUGUAUGUAAUAUAGCUUGCAUUUCUACGCUUAUAAGGGUUUUUCUUUUUCUUUUCGAUCAUGUGUGUAUACUGAUCCUUAAUUCUUAAAAAAGGAGAAUGUUCUAUAUAUUUUUUCUUUAUUAUUUGUAGGGCAGGAUUCUCAAAACUGUCAAGAAGUGUACUUUCAGAAAUAAUCAGGAAAUAUUCUGUAUUUCGAACAGCUGACUAAAAACAAUAAAAAGAAAUAAAUUGUUUAGAAAACAUGAAUUUUCGGAAACUGAAACAGCAAAGAAGAUUCCAACCUGAUUCUCACUUGCAAUGUUAUUAAUCAUGUUUAAGUUUUUCCUCUGGAGGUCAAAAGAUCAUAAUAUGUUUUCAGAGGACCCAUUCUGGCCUUUUCGGUGCGAUCAUUUACCUGAAGUACAGAGAACAGGAAAGCGCCGUGGCAUCUAAUAUUAUCCAUCGUUCGAAACGAACCAUUUGGUUUUGACUUCCAAUUCGAAGACUCCUUAAUUUAUAUUGAUCACCUGAGUGCGUUCUGAUCUCCCAAAAAACUACUUUCGGCCACGUAAUAAAACCAUUCCCUUGGAGCCGUGAGAAAACGCCCUUAUUAAAGAGUUUCAGAGACUUCUGGAGUAAGCCUGGACUCCAGCAAUGUUCCAACGGUGUAUAUACCUAAGUAAAGAACAGAGUUAAAUAUUUACAUAUUAGUACGUCCACCGGGCGCUGGCAGUCAGUGGCGCUGUUGACACUUGAAGAAUCCUUUUUAAUUAGUUUCCUUUGACAAAAACACCCGAGGAAAGAAUACUAAAAGGAAGCAAUAAAAGUGGGGAAAAAUUUAUGCACAAGUGACUGGAGAAACAUCGUUUGAGAGAACGUGUUUGUGUAAAAUUAUGGUUUAAUCUGCUGCCGAUCUGACAUCUAGCGGCUGGUGUGCGAACUAAACCUUGUGGAUGAGUUGCAAGUCUGCCCGUUCUUUAUACUUGGGACUUUCGUCAAUGUAUGUAUCACAAAAAGUUCCCUAUCUUUAAUUCUUAAAAUAACCUCUCCACCAUUCCUGUUGUGACCUUUGAA